AUGCCGAGCGGCAGCGCCGCCACGGCCUCCCCCGCCGAGGAGCCCGCCGAGCCGCCGCGCCUGCCCCUGCCGCCGCCGCCGCCCGACACGCGGCUGCUGCGGCAGCGCCUCGCCGGCCUGCGCCUCCGCGGCCGCGGCCUAGAGGAGGAGGAAGAGGAGGCCGGCGACGAGGGGGACCUGGAGCUGGAGGAGGAGCAGGCGGGGGAGGAAGAGGAGGAGGAGGAGGAGGCGCUGCUGCUGCUCUCCUCGCAGCCGCCGCUGCUGCCGGGGCUCGGCUCGGUGCUGCUCUCGCCCGCCUUCGAUGCGCCGGCGGCGGCGGCGCUGUACGCGGCGGACGAUCCUCAGGGCAUGAUGGCGGCGAUGCUGUCCCACGCCUACGGCGGCGGCGGGGCGGCCGGGAGCCUGCCCGGCGAGCAGGCGGCGCUGCUCCGCCGCAAGAGCGUCAACACCACCGAGUGCGUGCCGGUGCCCAGCUCCGAGCAUGUGGCCGAGAUCGUGGGCCGCCAGGGUUGCAAAAUAAAAGCCCUAAGGGCCAAGACAAAUACGUAUAUUAAGACCCCCGUUCGUGGAGAAGAACCCAUCUUUGUUGUCACUGGACGAAAAGAGGAUGUAGCCAUGGCCAAAAGGGAAAUUCUCUCAGCUGCUGAACACUUCUCCAUGAUCAGAGCAUCACGCAACAAAAACGGUCCUGCCCUGGGAGGGUUGCCGUGUACCCCCAACCUACCAGGUCAGACGACAGUCCAAGUCAGGGUGCCUUACCGUGUAGUUGGGCUAGUAGUUGGACCUAAAGGAGCUACAAUCAAAAGAAUUCAGCAGCAGACACACACCUACAUAGUCACUCCCAGCAGAGACAAGGAGCCAGUCUUUGAAGUCACAGGAAUGCCUGAAAACGUUGAUCGUGCCCGAGAGGAAAUUGAGAUGCAUAUAGCCAUGCGUACUGGAAACUACAUUGAGCUGAAUGAAGAAAACGAUUUCCAUUACAAUGGUACAGAUGUGAGCUUUGAAGGAGGCACUCUUGGAUCUGCUUGGCUUACUUCUAAUCCUGUCCCUCCUAGCCGCACCAGAAUGAUUUCUAAUUAUAGAAAUGAUAGCUCCAGCUCCUUGGGAAGUGGCUCCACAGAUUCCUAUUUUGGAAGCAAUAGAUUGGCUGACUUCAGCCCAACAAGUCCAUUCAGCACAGGCAACUUUUGGUUUGGAGAAACGCUGCCUUCAGUGGGCACAGAAGAUCUGGCAGUCGACUCUCCUGCAUAUGACUCCUUACCAACACCUUCCCAAACCAUUUGGACCCCUUUUGAACCUGUAAACCCACUCUCUGGCUUUGGUGGCGACCCUACUGGUAGUGUCAAGCCUCAGCGAAGAGGGAGUCAGCCAUCUACUCCUUGCCUGUCACCAACGUUUCCAGAAAGUCUGGAACAUCCGCUUGCUAGGAGAGUAAGAAGUGACCCACCUAGUACAGGCAACCAAGCUGGCCUUCCGAUAUACAUCCCUGCUUUUUCUAAUGGUACCAACAGCUACUCCUCUUCCAAUGGUGGCUCCACCUCCAGUUCGCCUCCCGAGUCGCGGCGAAAGCACGACUGCGUGAUAUGCUUUGAGAACGAAGUCAUUGCGGCCCUAGUCCCGUGUGGUCACAAUCUCUUCUGCAUGGAAUGUGCCAACAAAAUCUGUGAAAAAGAAACGCCAUCAUGUCCCGUUUGCCAGACAGCUGUUACUCAGGCAAUCCAAAUUCACUCUUAAAUAUAUAUAGAUAUUAUUAUAUAUGGACUUUUAAAACUCUUAAAGGCAUGGGUGUAAUGGUACCCUCUAGUAAACUUCCUAAUGAAUUCUGACUGUUGGGCUUUCUUGGGAUUAGGCUAAAGUUGUUAAUAAAAUUUAUACUUUCUAAAAGGCUGCUAUGGUAACACUAAACCUAGGUGGUCUCUGUCCAGUUCAGUUUAAACAGAUGGCAUGUUCAGCAGAGAUACAUCUGGUAUAAUAUUAUGGCACAGUAAGGGGAAGUCUUGAUCAGUUAUAAAACCGAAAACCAAAUUUUACAGGCUUUCUAAAUGAUCUGUAUUACGUGUUUUACUUCUGUGUGCUGGCAGCAAUGAACCUCGUAGUCAGAACAUAGAAGUAUUGGUCUGCUGUGGAGGGUUUGUGGCAUUAUUAAUAUAUCAAACAACACUUCCAAUGCUGCCUUCUUUACACUGCCAGUUUUGAAAAACAGAUUUGGGAAAUUUUUUUUCUUUAUGCAACAACUUAUGCCUAAUUCUUCAGCAUUGCAAAUAGCUUUUUAAAAAAAGCAUAAUCUGAUUUAUUGAAAUGGAUAGUUAUUGGCAGGUUCAGAUACCUUACUGUUAAGGUGAGGGGGGAGAGAAGAUGCCCAGUGGACCUCAGUUUCACUCGACGUGUUGACAGUAGUAUAUUCAGAGGAUCAGGAACGUGUUGGUUUCAAUUGUGAAUUCCUACCCACUGCUUUUCUUAAUGUAAUGUGGAAAAGUCUGGCUGGCUUAAUCCCAUUUCAUAAGGGCUUUGGGAUGCACAUACUUCGACUAAUAGUGAGGAUGCUGACAUUCCGUUCAUUAGUCCGAUCAAGCUGUUCUUAAAUUACACUUUAGAGAAUAUAUAGUUCAAAAUGUGAAGCAUUUUUAUGUUCAAUCCAUAUUUGUCUUGCACAUAUAUAAAUAUAUAUUUUAUUUUUAGUAAUGGAAAGGAAAAAGGGGAGAUGCGUGCGUGCCCUUGUAUAAUUCAUGAUAGCAGCUGUGACAGUGGCCCUGCAAUCAGUUUACUUCAUUUCAAAACUGUCGUUCCAAUCAUAAGGAAAAAUGUCUUUUGAAUGCGCUUCUUGCAUUUCAACCUGUGGAUGUUUCUGGUUUUUCAUCCUCAGUACGUUCCCGAAUCUGUGCUGGCAUAUAUUAAAACAACAAAAAAAAAAACAAAAAAAAAAA